UCAAUGGUUUGAUAAUCUAAAAUGUGAUUUCCGACUUUAUGGUUAUAGAAUACAUUUUCGGUCUCGUUCAAAAUUUUAUUCAAUACCUAAAAAGGCUGAUUAUGGGGGACAGUUAUAGUCCAAGGCGUUUUAGUCCAAACAAGAACGAAGUUGCAGAAGUCCCCUUCGUGCAUACUCCCCCAAUCACAAAACUCGGAGACGCUCAUGGUUUCUGGAGCUGGAAGAUGAUGCUCAAAAUAUACCUUCAAGCGGUCGGUUUGUGGGCUGGAGACAAGCCAAAAGAGUGCGCCAAAACCAAGUUUAUGAUUCUGAGCAGCCUGGAAAUGUGGGUUCUACGCAAAGAAUACGAAGAUCUAACUUGUGAAUCUAUUCUUCAGGAUCUGGAUGAGCGUUUUAACGUUAUCAUGCGCAAAUACUCCCAAGAAAUUCUCUUCUAAAAA